GAAAGACAUGAGUAAGAAUCAUAAACGUUUAAAACGCCUAAAAUCGGAAAAGGCGAAAGUGAAAUUAAAAGGGAAGACUGUCCAUCAAUUGCCAAAAGGUUUAAACAUUACGAAUACGUCAUUUAAAGUAAAACAAAUACUAAUUCGUGAACAAUUAAAACAAAGAGAUGAAACAGAAAUUCUCAGCACUCGCAAGUUGAAUAUCGACGAUUUAUUAACACGUUUUCGGCAUCACAAUUCAACCGUGAGACAAGAUGCUUUAAAACAAUUAAAAGACAUCUUGUUGCAAAAUCCUGUAAAAUCUUUACAUUCACGAUUGAAUUCUUUGUUACACGGUAUUGCAGCUUUAUCUCUUGAUAAGGAGAGAGAAAUACGCAGAAAUUCUUUUCAUGCGCUUAAUUUUAUUCUCGGCCUUAUCCCGAAUGAACAGUUGACACCAUUGCGUGAAACUAUAAUAUCAUUUUUGUGUUGUGCGAUGACACAUAUUGAUCCACGUGUGAAAGAAGAUUCUCUACUUUUCUUGGAUGUGCUUGUACAAAAUUGUAGUAGUGCAUUGGCAAAAGAUAGUCAUAAAAUAUUACCUAAUUUUUUGGGUAUGAUAUGCAGGUUACAUAAGGAAGGUAGUCCUGCAGCACAAUUGACGACAACACUAGAUUCCAAAAGCACUAAUGUAAAAUGGAGAAUUAAAGUUCUAGAACGUUUAGCUAAUUUAUUUACCUCUAUUGUCAACUACAGAAAACUUUGCAUAGGUACAAGAUCAAUUGUGACUCCGUUUGUGAGAACAAAAAAAUGUACCAGGUAUAUUCCAAUUUAUGGCAAUAGUGCGUCUCAAUUUUGUGAAAUUAUUCUUGACCAAGAUAUGAUCUCGAUAGAUAAUCAUGAGAAAGAAAAUUUGCCUGUAGAAGAGUUUGUAAAAUGUACACAUUUAUUGAUGCCAGUAAUGGCUGAUAUUUGGCUCGAAUUAUGUCCAGAUGAGGAAGUUGAGAGUUAUGCAGAGAUUACAAUUUUGAAUGAAGCAGCUGCAUUAUUAAAAAGUAUCAUUGUAAUUAUACAAUCAAUUGUGGAAUACAUGGAUACGUUGGAUCAGGAUGAUUAUGGUGUCAAACGUAUGAAGUAUUGGUUUAAAGAUACGUUUCAUAAUGCAUAUAUGAAAAAUUUCCUAUCCCGAUUUCCUUAUGGUAAAGUACAGCCUCUUAUUAAUGAAUCCAGAAAACGUCAAAAAGAUUUUUCUCAAAUUAAAUUUACAGAGGAAUGUUUGGAACAAAAUUUGGGACUUUGUCAAAUUCACGUAUGGUUUACAUCUCUAUUUAACUGCAACGAACAAUUUCCCAAAUCUGUCAGAACCUAUUGUGUAUCUAUUUUGAAAUAUUUAAAUGGUACUAUUGAAACUUGGUGUGACUCUUCGACUUUACCGCAACUAACUAAACUACUAAGAACUUUAUUUUUGAAAGCUGGACCAAUUUGGUACAACAACCAUAUUAAUUUGAAUCAUACUUUAAGACUGAUUAUCCAAGCUUCUUCUCGUUUGCCUAAGAAUGAAUUGCAAUCGCAAUUGUAUGUAAUUAUUGGUGACAUUAUGUUGAACAGCAAUUUAAAUGAAUUACACAGAGAGAAAAUAUUUGAAAGCUUCGUUACGUUCUUACCAAGUUUGCUCCUGAGACCGAGCAUAGAUGACGUCGUAAUUCGUAUGAUCGGUCAAAUAGUUUUACGUUUUAAGGAGUGGAUCCAGGAAGAAUUGAUAGCUAAACAUGAGUCUAUUAUCGAAAAUGUUAAGAAGAUCGACAUUGUGGGUACAUACGAUGACAAACAAUCAAGACUCAUGAUAUAUAAUCUAUUUUAUUUUGUAGAUUCACAGAUUUACUAUUAAAUGAUCUAUACAUACUGAACUUGAACGUAUAAUUGAUUUUUGUAUCUUUUGAGCG